CUUCUGUAGGAUGAGAAAGAGAUAGAGAGUCAGAGGAAGAUACAACAACCACUACGGUCUAAGCCGCUUUGCUUUGCUUUAUCCUCAACCAGAAAGAAAGAAAGAGAAGAGCUUUAUCAUCGACGCUGUAGAGUUCAGUCUCAAUUCAACCGAUAAUGGAUCCUAAGAGCUUGAUUCAAGACAACCCAGAAGCCAAUUCCACCUCAGAAGACAACCAGAAAGAGGUUGUCAUUUCCAUCUCACCCCUUCUCGCCGCCGCAUCAAUCUCCCUUUCCCUAUCAAGGAUCCUCCCAUCCAAUCUCCUUCUCUCCCCACCAUCCAAAAUCUCGCAUCUUUUCGCUCCAUCUCAACCCAACAAGGUUAAAGUCAUCCCUUCUCAAAUCUCUUCUCUUUCUCACCUUUCCCUUUCCUCAUCUCCUUCCUGCCCUCCCAAACUCUUCUUCAAGUCCACUAUCUCCGCCAACCCUCUCCAGAGCCCACUUUCUCUAAACCCUCGUCGACCCACUGACCCCUCCAAUGCCGCUGGCCUCCGCCGCGCAUCCGUCGUCUGGUUCCGUAACGAUCUCCGCGUCCACGACAAUGAAUGUCUCACCAGUGCCAACAACGAAUCCAUGUCCGUUCUACCUGUAUACUGCUUCGACCCGAGAGAUUACGGGAAAUCGUCAUCCGGGUUUGAUAAAACAGGUCCCUAUCGAGCUACGUUCGUGAUCGAGUCGGUAGCCGAUCUUAGGAAGAAUCUUCGAUCGAGAGGCUCCGAUUUGGUUGUCAGAAUCGGCAAACCGGAAACCGUUUUGGUUGAGCUAGCGAGAGAAAUAGGCGCUGAAGCUAUUUAUACGCACAGAGAGGUUUCCAACGAGGAGAUUAAGACGGAGGACAAGAUUGAGGCUGCAAUGAAGGAAGAAGGAGUGGAGAUUAAGUAUUGUUGGGGAAGCACAUUGUUUCAUGUGGAUGAUUUGCCCUUUAAGCUCGAAGAAAUGCCAACCAACUAUGGAGGAUUCAAGGAGAAAGUGAAAGGGUUGAAGAUUAGGGAAACGAUUGCUGCUCUGGAUCAGUUAAAGGGUUUUCCUUCUCGUGGAGAUGUUGAGCCUGGAGAAGUUCCAUCAUUGGUUGAUCUUGGUCUUAACCCAGUUUCAACCAUGAGCCAGCAGAAUGGAAAAGGAGCUGCCAAUGGUUCUCUAAAUGGAGGAGAGACAGAGGCAUUGCAGAAGCUCACUAAGUUUGCUGCUGAAUGCCGAGCACAACCACCAAAGGGAUCGAAAAAUGACAGUAUAUAUGGUGCAAACUUUUCCUGCAAAAUCUCCCCUUGGCUCACAAUGGGAUGCCUCUCGCCCCGUUCUAUGUUCGAUGAGCUAAAGAAGAACAUGUCAAGGACAAUCUCGGCUGCUUCAAGUGAAAACGAUGACAGCGUUGGAACAAACUGGCUCAUGUAUGAGUUGAUGUGGAGGGACUUCUUUAGAUUCAUAACGAAGAAGUAUAGUAGUGCAAAACAAGUGAGUGGUGCACCAGUUGUGACCGCAUGCACUGCAACAGCUUGAAGACUCGGAAAAUGGCAAAUUUCUCUCCAUGGAAGAAGAGCAAGCUUGGUUGUUUUGUAGUUGGUGCAAAAACAAUUAAAAGGAACAUUUUAUUCAUUGUGAACAUUUUGGUGCUCAAGAAGAGCCUUGCUGGUUUGUUAAUGAAUAAGCAGCUCUUAGAGCUUUUAUUAUUAAAAGGAUUUGUUACCAUCCUUUUCUUUGUAAACUAAUCACAUAGUUAAAUAUUUCCUUUCAUAUCCU